AUGCCCUCUCUCGGCGAGAAGCCAAAGACGGCCAUUGUCGUCGGUGCGGGCGCCGGCGGCGUAGCUCUCGCAGCUCGUCUUGCGAAAGCAGGCUUCUCCGUCACAGUCCUCGAAAAGAACUCCUUCACGGGCGGUCGCUGCUCGCUGAUGCACCACGAAGGCCACCGCUUCGACCAAGGACCCUCUCUUUUCCUCCUCCCGCAGCUCUUCCACGAGACGUUCCGCGACUUGGGCACUACCCUCUCAGACGCGGGCGUCGACCUGCUGCGCUGCGAAACCAAUUACAACAUAUGGUUCCACGACGGCGAGCUCUUCAAGCACACGUCCGACCUCGCCGCCAUGAAGACCCAGAUCGAGCGCUGGGAGGGCAAGGACGGCUUCGAGCGGUAUCUGCAGUGGCUCAAGGAGGCCCACGUCCACUACGAGGUUUCCGUCAGGGAUGUGCUUCACAAGAACUUCACCAAGCUGAUACACCUUGCAAGACCGAGCUUCGUGAGGCACGUCGUCAACCUGCACCCGCUCGAGAGCAUUUGGAGCAGAGCGAGUAGAUAUUUCUGGUCGGAGCGCUUGAGGAGGGUGUUCACGUUCGCCGUCAUGUACAUGGGAAUGUCGCCCUUUGAUGCGCCGGCAACGUACUCUCUGCUGCAGUACACCGAGUUCGCCGAGGGCAUUUGGUACCCGCGCGGCGGAUUCCACUCCGUGGUCGCCGCGCUGGUCCGCAUCGGCGAGCGGCUAGGCGUGAAUUACCGCCUGAACACGCCCGUGUCCCGCGUCCUGACAGACGGCCAAAAGGCGACGGGUGUUGUCCUCGAAUCAGGAGAAUCACUGACCGCCGACGUCGUGGUCGUCAAUGCCGACCUGGUCUACGCCUACGGCAACCUCCUCCCCCAGACGCCGACCAUUUCCAACUACAGCAAGUCCCUCCAGAAGAGAGAGGCAAGCUGCAGCUCCAUCUCCUUCUACUGGUGCCUGGACCGCAAGGUCCCCGAGCUGUCCACCCACAAUAUCUUCCUCGCGGAGGAGUACCGGGAGUCGUUUGACGCAAUCUUCAAGCACCACUCCCUCCCCGACGAGCCGAGCUUCUACGUCAACGUCCCCAGCCGCGUCGACCCCUCGGCAGCCCCCGAGGGCAAAGACACCGUCAUCGUCCUCGUGCCCGUCGGCCACCUGUCGCAGUCCAAGAACGGCGGGGACGACGGCGGCGCCGACGGCCUGCCGACGGAACAAAAGGACUGGGACGCCAUCGUCGCCCGCGCCCGCGCCGCCAUCCUCCCCAUCAUCAGCGCCCGCACGGGAUGCGCGCCCCUGCAGGACAUGAUCACGCACGAGAUCGUCAACACGCCGCUGACUUGGGAGGACAAGUUCAACCUCGACAAGGGCGCCAUCCUGGGCCUGACGCACGGCUUCUUCAACGUCCUCGCCUUCCGCCCGCGGACGCGCGCCGAGGGCCUCGACAACGCCUACUUCGUCGGCGCGAGCACGCACCCCGGAACCGGCGUGCCGAUCGUCAUGGCCGGGGCCAAGAUCACGGCCGAGCAGAUCCUCGACGAUCGCGGCCUGGAAGUGCCGUGGGCCAGGGGGUUUGGCGGCAUGUUGCAGCCGCAGAAGGAGUCGCCGCAGAACGGCAAGCUGGACAAGGUGCGGUACGGGUUCCACUUCGGCUCGGAGGAGGUCGCCGUCUUGCUUAUCGUGUUCUUCCUGUCCGUUUCUUACCUGUAUCUCUGGCCGACGGUCCAGAGCCUCGUGUGCUAA